AUGACACAACAUAAUAGGGCAGAGGCGGAGGCAGAGGCGGAGGCAGAGGCGGAGGCAGAGGCGGAGGCAGAGGCGGAGGCAGAGGCGGAGCCGCAGGUGGAGCCGCAGGUAGCCAAAGCGUAUCAGCAAGAGCCUAAAGAAAAAGCCUCUGUUCUCAUUAUGUCAGCCAUGAAACAGGGUACUUAUAAGAGAUUGACGGGUGGGCGUGUAGAAUACAACCCCGACGACCCAACACACAUUACAGUUGCAUUUAUGAGCAAGUUUACUGCCCAUAUUUAUAUCAAUGAGAAUGAUGGGCGCACUGUCGAGAGUGGUGGAUUAUUCGGCAAUGCUAUCAAUGCCGCAUCAUAUAAUGGCCGCGAAAAUAUCGUGCAGAAUCUUCUUGUCGAGGGCGCCGAUGUCAAUGCUCAAGAUGGACUUCAUGGCAGCGCACUCCAAGUCGCCUCAUGUAGCGGCCACGAGCAAACUACUAAUGGCACCGCAGUCGAGGCCCCAUCGCUCAGUGGCCAUGAGAAGAUUUUUCGGAUACUAAUUUGCCAGGGUGCCGAUAUCAACAUUCAAGAUGGACAAUUCAGUACCGCACUUGACGCCGCAUCAGAAAAGAAAAUGCUCCUGAGCAAGGUGCGGAUGUUAAUGCUCGAGGCGAUCUACAGUACUCCACUCCAGGUUGCAUCACUACAAGGCUAUGAAACGAUGGCGAAAUUGCUCCUCGAUAAAGAUGCUGAUUUGGAUAAAAAGACGGCAAAGAUGUUGAUGAUCAACGUGCGAACUUCGGUGGUAACGUGCUGCGUCAUCUCAAGGCGCGAGAAGACCUCAAUGAUACGCUUUGUUCAAAACACCAAUACCUAUGAAGUGGACGAUUUCUGCAGCCACAUGCCCAAUAUUUCAUGGAAUAAUACAGAUGUUGCUCUAUGGAUACGCUCCAAUCACGGCACUGUCCAAUGGGAAAUUCCCUGGUCCAACGAAACCAUCACAUGGUCGUUAGACCGAGAUAUUACUUCUGCGACUCUGCGGAUAGAUCGUAAUUAUGGUACUAUAAUUAUGAAAUUCUCGUUUUAUGGCGAUGCGAUCCAAGCUGGAUCAACUCGAGGCCAUGAAAAGAUCGUUCAGAUGCUACUUGAUCGAGGUGUCAAUGUUCAUGCCGAAGGUGGAAUAUUCGGUACCGCGCUCCAGACCGCAUACAUUGGAGGCAACAAAAAGAUCAUACAAAUAUUGCUUGAUCAAGGUGCCUGCCAAAAUGCUCGGGAAGCUGACGGAAUCAACGUCUGA